AUGUCGAUGGACGCGGAAAGUCUAUCUGGGACGACUUUCUCCAAGCAACCUGGACAGAGAAUGGACGGCCGAGACGGGGAUGUGGCCACUGAUUCAUACAGGCUCUGGAAGGAGGACAUUGCAUUACUUGCUCAGUUUGGCGUCAAGUCCUACCGCUUUUCCUUAUCUUGGUCUCGUAUCAUCCCGCGGCAAGAUCUUCUCAAGCUCUCCAAUGAAACGGACCUUGAUAUUCACAAUGCCUGUGGUGUCGCAGCUCACUGCACGGCUGAGGGUCUGGCACAGCAGAAGAAAACAAUUUCCAGACAGCAUUUUGAUGUGGAAUCUCUCGUGACGGAUGGCGACGACGAUAAAGUAAACGACGUUUUGGGAGUUCCUAAAACUAUUUGGACUGUGCAUGUACUCUCGCCAUCAUGUUCGUUCAAAGCAUCUGAUAAAGUUGUGCAGGUUGUCUCGUGCAUUAAAUCCUCGCCUGAGAUUUUGUCGCAGGUGCAGGAGGUCAUUCUACCCAUCAUCCGGUUCACCCUUGAGAACAAGUUAAUUGAUUUGUUUGACAAAAUGUAUAACCUCGUAGACGCCCUUGCCUUCCGUCUUCACGCAAUAUCACCGAACAUAUCAGGCUUAUUACGUCCUGGCUAUACUACAAGCAAUGUCUCCAGUUCUACAUGUUCGUCCAACACCCCUCCUCAUCAUUCAUACCGCCCACCCCCAUCGAUCUCUUCAUCAGCAAGGACGAACGCAUCUACACGAGAAUCUGAUGAGUUUUCCAGUGGAUCACUUGCCUCUGUACCGCAAGAUGUCCAUCACGGGUCAAGUUCUGGCUCGUCAAAUCUGUUAUGGGGUGCUCCUACCUCCUCCCGUCCUUUGCCGCCAAUUGCGCCCUCGCCAGAUGUAGUCACGCCGCAGGCUGCAAGACGUUCUACCCAUUCAGAUACUGGCUGGAGAUCGAGUACUGCGCGUACGUCAGCAAGCGCUUCUGCAUCAUCCUCUGUGCUUGGAGACUCCAUUUCUCAGUUCUACGCUGCUGAUGAGGAACGGCCUCGAGUAACUUUGAAUACAAUCCAGGACAAUGACUCAUCUCCCUCGUGCUCUGCUGACAGAUACCAAGAGGUUGCUGCACGUGCUAGAACAGUUAUCGAAUGCUCGUGCAACUCAGUUCGUCCUCUCUUGGCGGCUUUUUCUUUGUUUUCCAAGGAACAGGGAUUUGAAGAUUCGGAUGAAGCAGAAUUGUCAUUUGACCGUUACGUAGAGGGUCUCAGUGAAGAGGACUCCAUGGAUAACGAGAGAAGACGCAGGGUCACGGCUCAUAAUCGUUAUGAUCUUGCCGGCAAAAAUGAUGAAGACAAUGACGACCCCUCCCAUUCAGACAGUGUGCAUGAGAUCAUCCAAGGUCUUCAUAAUGCCCGCGGUCUACCCGAGCGUGGCGUAGAAACUGCCUGUUCAUUGUCUGGAUCGCCUUCCCGCCAUGAGCCGCCCAAUCAUCCUCCAGCUCGCUAUCGCCUUCAUUCCCGCUUGCAUUCCUCCGCUACGACAGUAUCCAGCAACUCAUUAGUAUCAGAGAGUGCCGCAGAACAUCGCCGCACCAACGCCAGGGCGCAUCUUCGCUCUCAAUUGUUUGCUUCACGUACCAGCUCUGACGAGCCUCCUCAAGACAGUUCAGACAUUUCAAGUUUGACUGCAGCUGCUCGUUUGAGGUGUCUUAUAGCCAGUCAAACGGACUCCUCAUCGACUACAUCUUCCCACCCUUUGCCAUCUGGUCGAACAAGUGACCUUCCUUCAAGACCGUUCGCAUCAAACGGUCCGGGGUCACCUUCUCAGUUUCCAUGA